AUGGCGUUACGUAUACCGCAAACCAAAAUGACUACAAUACGACAACAGCGUCGUUCCGAUCAAUAUCUUCGUUCAACAUCCAAUUCGAAUGGAACGAAAAGUGCUGAAAACUCCACAGUUGAUAGUCCACCCCCAGUCCCUCCUCCACCACCGCCUCCACCUUUACCACCCUCUUCAACUUCAACUUCAACUUCAACGUUAACAUCGUUAACAAACCGAAAAAGUUCGCCACAUCGAAUAACAGUCGAUGAUCUUCAUCAAUCUCCACUUCUUCAAAGUUUAUCGUCAUCCAAUAGUGACUAUUAUCGUCCAUUACCAUCGUUAAGUUCAUCGUCACCAAUAUCAAAAUUACUUUCAGCACGUCGAGAAUCAGAAUUAAACAAAGAUCAACAACAAACAGCACCACGCAUCAGAGAAAUAAGUUCAAAUGUUGGUUUUGUUUCAUUACCCGAUCAAGUUCAUCGACGAGCAGUGAAAAAAGGUUUUGAAUUUAAUUUAANCCUUCAUAGACAUCGAAAAUUACAUCACGGACUAUCGUUACUAUUUGAUAAAAAGAAUUGUAAAGAGAAGAAGAAGAAGAAGGAGAGGAAAAAACGAAGAAGAAAAGUGUGUCUCUUUUCUUCUUGA